AUGUUGCCUCCUCCAAGGGCCGUGGCCCUGGUGGUGGUCGUGGCGUCUCGACGACCUGGCCCUCGCUCCUCGAAAGGGGGCGUUCCCCCCGGGCCUCCCUAUCAGGGGCGCAGCCUUCAGCAAGCGAGCAAACUUCACCCUUCCUCGCGGCGUGUAGCCGGGAGCUCCUGGGGGGCUGAGCCGCCCUGCGACGACUGCUACAAAGUGUUUCCGGAGCCCAAGGGCCACGAAUCAGUGGUAUUAACAGUUCUACUGAGCAAGUAUACUCAUUUCAAGUACAAUGAGUCUGUUACAAGCAUUCCCAAAGGGCAAAUGCUUCUAAACUCGGGUUCGCCGUGUCUGGAGUACCUGAUUCCGGCCGACCUGCACGAGGAGUACCAAGCCCACGUGCAGACGGUGGGCAAGUAG